GCCUUUCAAGAAAAGAACUGGAAGAAAAACCACCCACAAACCAACACCGAGAAGUGCGGGGGCACGGUUGGUGCUAUUUUCACUUGUCCACUCGAAGUCAUUAAGACAAGACUGCAGUCUUCGAAAUUAGCUCUGCGGACAGUCUAUUACCCUCAGGUUCACCUGGGGGCCAUUGAUGGAGCUGGAGUGGUGAGACCAACAUCAGUGACACCUGGACUUCUCCAGGUUCUGAAGGGCAGUCUCAGAUGGCACCUUCUGGAGAACAUAAGCGCUUUGGACAAAAGGAAAGACGGGUCGAUCUUGGAGAAGGAGGGACCAAAGUCACUUUUUAGAGGCUUGGGUCCAAAUUUGGUUGGAGUUGCACCGUCAAGGGCUGUGUACUUUGCAUGUUACUCCAAAGCCAAAGAGCAGUUCAAUGGCAUUUUCGUGCCUAACAGCAACAUUGUGCACAUUUUCUCAGCUGGCUCUGCAGCUUUUGUCACAAAUUCCCUAAUGAAUCCUAUAUGGAUGGUUAAAACCCGGAUGCAGCUAGAACGGAAGGUGCGCGGCUGCAAGCAGAUGAACACGCUCCAGUGCGCGCGCCACGUGUACCAGACGGAAGGCAUUCGUGGCUUCUAUCGGGGAUUAACUGCCUCGUAUGCGGGGAUCUCAGAAACUGUCAUCUGCUUUGCUAUUUAUGAAAGUCUGAAGAAGUAUCUGAAGGACGCGCCAUUCACCCCCUCUGCAAAUGGGACUGAGAAGAAUUCCGCAAGUUUUUUUGGACUCAUGGCAGCUGCUGCUGUGUCUAAGGGAUGUGCCUCGUGUAUCGCCUAUCCUCACGAAGUGAUCAGGACGCGGCUGCGGGAGGAGGGCACCAAGUACAAGUCUUUUGUCCAGACCGCUCGGCUGGUCUUCCGGGAAGAGGGCUACCUUGCCUUCUAUAGAGGACUCUUCGCCCAGCUCAUCCGGCAGAUCCCAAACACGGCCAUUGUGCUGUCCACCUAUGAGCUAAUUGUGUACCUGUUGGAAGACCGUCCUCAGUAACAGGCCCGAAACUUGUGCUCCGGAAGAAUAAAACUGAAAAACUCGAUACAGAAUUUUUUUUUCCCAUUGAUGUUUAGAAUGUUCGAGGCCAAUACAGGAAAGGCCAUAUAAUAUGUGGCUCAGUCACCUGUUGGACAUUUCCUUUUGGAUUCAUGUUUUCUGGAAGGUUUAAAUUCAUUAACGUUAAUAGUUAAUUUUAACUUUCGUUGUUGUUUUUUUAAUUUAAGAGGAUUCAGGAUUAAGCAGCAAGUAAAUUAAAUCAUGCUAUUUAAUUUAAGUA